CAAAGUGGAAUCCAAUCGACACAUGUCCAGCUAGCACAGAGACGAUUUCCAACAUCACGACGACACUCGGGUCAUUGGAAGAUGAGUCCCCCGCGGGUUCGCUCUGGUGUGCACACCAUCAUUCCACCACCAUUUAUGCAUUUUCAAGGGGUUCAGAUGAUCGACUCACGGAAUCAUGGAUGAAACAUUGUCCCGAUGAGGUGAACGAGGAAUCGAACGAGAGACCGAAUGAGUGGACGGUCAAGAACAAUUUGCAGACUCCCAAGACGUUCAUCAAAUCAGUUGAUGCCUAUGAUAUUGGUGGCGCACGCCAACACUCCAACGAUGGACAAACUCGAACACCGGUUACCGAAUAA